UGAUUGUAGCUGAGUUCAGUUUGUUUAAUACUUGUUAAGAUGGAGGAGGACGUCGGCGGUUCGCGUCCCAACAUUCGCGUGGAGAUCCACAACAAUCUCGUGAAUUCGAUGGAAGUGGACGAAGAGAGGGCGAGCGAAGGUGAGGAGGGCGAGAUCAGCGAUUCCAACGAGCUGGAGGACGUCAACCAGGACAUAACCUUCCUGACGAGACCCAACGCGAAGAUGGUGAUUCCCGACUCUGGAUUUUCAACUGGCAUCGAUAUAUUCGAUAAGGCUGAGCAGGAGAAGAGGUCGGGGAGGGCGAAAAGGUUCGCUCUGGACCCAAAGGAGAUCAACAAUUUCACGGAGGAGCAUCUGCAGGAGCUUCACAACAGUUUGGAUAUCAAUGCGGGUAACGAGGGAGACGUCAAGUUUGAAUCGUUGCAUAUACAUGGGGUGGAGGAUAUGAGCACUGAGGAUGUUCUGGAGUAUUUCGGGAAGUACGCACCAUCUACAAUUGAGUGGAUCACGGAAGAUAACUGCAAUGUGGUGUGGACGGAUAAGGUGUCUGCUGCUAGAGCUCUGUUUUACUUGUCGAAGGCGAUCCAAGGGAUCAUGGAGGAGAAGGAUUCGAGUAAAGAUGAGGACGAAGGGCGUAGCGUGCUUCUGAAGAGUAAGAAUCGCGAGGUGAUGAUUCAGGCGGAGAAGGAGAACGGGAGUGACGUGCAUAUAAGUCAGAUUGCUGAUCCGUUGCCUGCUGGCUUCUGGAGGUUGGGGGUGCCGCAUCAUAAGUCCAAGUGUAUUUUGAUGAGGUUCUCGGUGAAAUCGGAUGCGAAACCUGUGCGAGCUGAGAAGUUCGUUAAUUAUUAUAAUAAGAGUAAGAAGGUGGCGAGGGUGCCGAAGAAGGCGAUGUUUAAAGGGAUCUUCGAUAGGAAUCAGGAGAGUGGCGGUGGUGAUGGUGAGGAGGAUAACAAGAAUCCGUGGGGGAGUUUGGCGAGGAAUUGGUACGAGGAUAUAAAAUACGCGGAGCAGGAUUACAAGCCGCCCGUGCAGGAGGAGGUGAAGGUGAAGAGUGUUGCGCUGCAGAACAGGUUGGGUUAUAAGAGGGCCGCGGUGCAGGAGGAGGAUAAGGACGAGGAGGAGGUGCAGGAGAAGAAGUCGAAAGUGCCUAGGAUGAGGAUGUAUGCGGAUGAAGAGGAGGAGAGGAUCAAGAGGCGGCAGCAGUUGAACGCGUUGAAGAAGGUGAACACGGAGCAGAAGACGGAUCUGCGAAGUAUACUGGGUAUCACGAAGAAGAAACCACCGCCGCCGCAGCAGCAGCUUCCAGUCGAGGAGCAGAUUGAUCUUGGUACGAAGUUGAAGAAUCGCAAGAGCCGGAUACCUCAGCAGCAUUCGGACGUUAGGGGACGGUUGGAAGAGCGCAGCUCGUUGAAAUCUCGCCUCUACACCAGACCCAAAUCACCGAAACGUCGAGGAAGAGCUUCAGAUCACGUCUCCGAAUACGAAGAGGAUUACGACGAUCAGAAGACCGGCAGUAAAGUCGCUGUUGUUAUUAAGAAGCAGAAGGCUCCGGCUGUGGCUUCCACUGUUUGGUCGAGGAUCAACGAGAAGGAGCGGCUGAAGACGGUGUCCGAGGGUAAGCUGCGCGUGCGUAGGGAUUCCAGUAGUAGCGCGUCCAGCAGCUCUUCUUCGAGCACGUUCUACAGCGAGGACACGAACGAGGAGUCCGUGGACGAGCCGAUGGCGACGCUGGAGGAGGAGAACGUUCCUGCAUCUGUUGUCGCUGCAGGUGGCGGUGAUGAGGGAGCGCCGAGGAAAGGGAUCUUCGAGAGGCCCGGGUUCAAGAACAACGUGAGUCUGCAGUUCAAACCCGGAGAUCACAAGAGUCCGCUGCGGAUCGAAAUAAAUAACGAUCAUUUUAAGCGGAAAUGAACGAGCGUCCACGAGCAAUCAAUUAAUUUUAUUUUACGACAUUCAGACACACCCUUCUCUAUAUAUAUAUAUAUAUACAAUUCUUGUAUAAUGUACAAAUGUUUCAUAUAUACAAAUUAAUCUAUUUUGUGAAAGUAUCGACAAAUCGAAUCAAACGGAAAAAUAGA